AUGAGUGAGUUAACCGAAGAGCAGAUAGCAGAGUUUAAGGAGGCGUUCGCUCUGUUCGAUAAGGAUGGCAGCGGUUCUAUAACCACUCGUGAAUUGGGCACCCUCAUGCGUUCAUUGGGCCAGAAUCCCACCGAAGCGGAGCUCCAGGAUCUCGUCAAUGAGGUGGAUGUUGAUGGCAACGGUGAGAUUGAUUUCAAUGAAUUCUGCGGCAUGAUGGCCAAGCAGAUGCGGGAAACGGAUACCGAAGAGGAAAUGCGUGAGGCAUUUAAGAUCUUUGACAAGGAUGGCGAUGGCUUUAUAUCACCAGCAGAGUUGCGUUACGUCAUGAUCAAUCUGGGUGAAAAGGUGACCGAUGAGGAGAUUGAUGAAAUGAUGCGCGAAGCUGAUGCCGAUGGCGAUGGCAUGAUUAACUACGAAGAGUUUGUUUGGAUGAUCAGUCAAAAGUAAUGGGUAGAAAAUUCCCCCAUUUUUUUCCCAUUUGAUUUUCCCAUUCCUUUGGAUUCAAAUUAAAGAAAAUGAUUAUAUAAACGAA